AAAAAAAAAUCUUCACAGUAUUUCGCCAUGGAAGAGUAAUCUAUAGGCAAACCUGCGGGUGAUUAACGGGUCAUGAGAUACGAGGAACGGAUCUGGACGUUUUUGAUUGACAAAGUGGUGAUGAAAAUUUAGGUUUUUAAUCUUGUUUUUUCUCUUUUUUCUUUUUUGCUUUAUUCUGAAUCCUCUCUUCUUUUCGAGUUCUAGAAAGACAAGCUGUGGUUCCAUUUGACACAGGUAUUUUCUCGGAUCGUUGUUUCUUUUCUUUUUUUGGGUUUGGAUUGAAUCUCUUUAGUUCGGGUAAGUGAAAUACAAGCUGUGAUUUCAAUCGACACACGUAUUUCCACGGACUGUUGCUCCAUCUUUUGAUUGAAUCUAUUUUUCCCUUCUUAAGGUUGUUGGGGGUACUGCUGUAUUAGGUACAACAACAACAGGGGAUUUAUGAUUUCUCUUUCAAAUUUAUUUUGUGUUCUAAUAAGAUUUAGCUAGGCAUAGAAUCAUUGAUUAUCUUUCCUCUCUUAGGUUGUUUCUCGGUAUGCUAGUACUUUUGGUCUGAAGCCGUUGAGUUUGUGAUUAUUUUUUCGUGUGAUCCUGGUUUGUAGAUCAAUUAAGUAGUUUUUGGUAUCCAAAUUAUGAUUGGGUCUGUGGAUUUGAAUUUUGCAAUCGAAUUUCCUUUGCCUAAAAUCCCAAUGUUGAUUGGGUCUGUUUUUUUCUUUGUUGCCCCUAAGUUGUUUGGUAAAAGUACUGAAUUAUGGUCCUUCGGUAUCUGUGUUCUCAUGCAUCCUCUCUUGAAUGUUUUUCUUCCAAAACUGUAGGUUGGUUGCAUCAUUUUGGUUAGUAUUCAUUUUGAAAACUUUACCUUACUUAGCCUUAAAAUCAGUAUAGUUAAAUUUUGGUGUUGUUGAGCACUUGGGUUGGCAUUUCUGCACCAAAAAUGGUUGGCAUCUUAAAGUAAGUAAUUCACAACUCUAUCCUCCUGUUCAGAUGUAUGUGCAUCUGUUCUUGGUAAUUUUUCAAGUCUUCCUGGCUAGGUGAUUUAUGAAACAAGUGUAUGUGCACUUGGUUUUAAAGGAAUCAUGUUUAAUUUUCAAAGUUUUAGAUCUUAAAAAUGUUUUCAUAAGCUCUUAGAUGAAUAGGGCUUAGCGCUUCGAAAAAGGCGAAGUUGCUUAUUGAAAAACUGUUUCUUCAUUUAUGCACUUUCAAUUAUAGCAAUGGUUUCUUUUGAAGAAGAUUAAGAGAUCUGUUAUAUCUUCUAUUAAAUUUUUUUAGAAAAUGGGACUUUGAAUGGUUUUUUCUUAAUUAAUUUUAAAAUCCAGGUUGGUCUAAUCAUUUAGAAAUCUAAAAGAGAUAAUACUGGUAGGAUCAAAGUAGUUGUUCUUACUAAGAAAAUUGUUAAAUGUAAAGUUGAUAGGUUAAUUUUUGGGGGGCUUGUUGUAUAUCAAAAGAUCGGUUUCUGGUUGUAAGAUGGCUGUAAGGGUGUUCACAUAUAGUUUUUUAGAGAAUUAUGAACCAGGACACUAGUGAUUAAUGGGAAUUAGCUGAUAAGGUGUUUCCCUUUCCAGUAAAUUUUAUCUGUUUAUUGCUAUACUUAUAAGAUGUGUCUUCGCCUUUGCUUGAUUGUUUUUCGAUAAGAACCAAUGGUAACACCCAUUGUUUCAGUUUGAUUACUUCUGCGUUUUACAAAUUAAUUUGAAUAGAAUCAUCAUCACUUUUUUUGUCAGUCAUAAAAUCACAUCUAAACCUAUGUUCCUCUGACCCGAUAAAACCCAAAGGUAAGUUGACUUCAUCUCUCGAUUUCUUUUCUCCAUUUGUCUCCGGUCUUAAUCUUCAUUUUAUUUCCUCGUAAUUUUCUUCUAUUCAAGAUUUUCCGUGUAUGUUACUGGUGAUUCAUUCUAAAGCGACUUCUACUGUUUCAACAAACAAGAAUUCACAGCAGGAAUAUACAGGUACUUUUCGAGCAGCAGAAUGCGGAUGGUGCAGGACCUUCUCAGCUCAAGAGGCUGAAGCUGUAGCUCUGCUAAGAACAGUGCAAUGGGCCAUCAAACAUAAUGUUCAAAACUUGGAGAUAGAAGGAGAUAACCAGGCAACCAUAAAGUUUCUACAGGGAAAGACAAAAGAUGUGAAUUGGCAGUGUUUAGCAAUCUUGGAAGAAGUCCAACAAAUAGCAGUUAAUCUAGUUUCUUUUAAAGGUUUUCAGUAUGUAGACAGACGUGCAAACAAGGUGGCAGACUUGUUGGCAAAAGAAGGGCGACGAUCAAGUAACACAACUUCUUAGACUGAUCAAGCUCGUAGCUUUUUAAUUCCUGCAAUUGUUUUUGACACAGUCAAAGCAUAUGAAUUAUGUAACUCUAAUAACAGUACCUUUGUAUCUUGUUCAACCAUGAUUAAUCCAUCAAAUUCAGUCAUUGGACGAGCAACUCACCAUGAGUUAGUCUCUGAAGAGCCUGAAUUAGCAGAUUAACGAGGGCCUAGUAAUAUAAAUCUUAUUUUCAAAAAGAAAACAAGUCGCUCAGUAAAGGUCGUCCUAUGCAAAUAUAUACAUUGUG